AUGUUCUGCUGCCAACAGCAGCGGCUCUUCCCGCGUGCCCUGGGCAUGAGGGGGCCCCCAGCACUCUGUAAACCCUUACUGCAGCACAGCAGCGCAGCAGCAGCAGCAAGAGCAGCAACAACAGCUGCAGCAAUUGCAGCAAGAGCAGCAACAGCAGCAGCAGCAACAGUAGCAGCAGCAGCAGCAUUGAGACCAGAACCAGCGACACGACCUGCAGGAGCGGCAGCGGCAGCAGCAACAUCGCCAGCCUCAGCAGCAGCAACAGCUGCAGCAGCAACAGCAGCAGCAGCAGCAGCAGCAGCAGCAAAUUCGUGUAGCUGUCGCUUCUCUCGGCUGCUUCCCCGUCAGCUGCAGCAGCCUCGGUGUACAUACACCUCAACGCCGCACUGCCCUCGAGGCAGCUUCUCAAGGACUCUCCAUACAAACAGCAGCAGCAGCAGCAGCAACAGCAGCAGCAGCAGCAGCAGCAGCAGAAGCUCUUUAGGCUCUCUGGAGGCACUGGGCGCUGCAGAGCAGCAGCAGCAGCAGCAGCAGCAGCAGCAGCAGCAGCUCGCCUGCGGCGAGGAUCCCGAGGGUGGCCCUGGGCGUGCUGCUGCUGCUUCUGAGUUGGGAUUGGAGAAAAUAAAAAGUUUGGGGAAUUUAAAUUAUUUAAAUUAUUUUGAAAAGGAAAAAAAAGAAAAAAAGAAUUUUAAAAACUGCUCGGGGCCCCACACCAUGUCUCUAGAGGCUUCUGCUGCAUUUGCUGCUGCUGCUGCAGCGCAGCAGAAGCUGCAGCAGCUGCAGCGGCCGUCGGCCCCGCGCCGCAGGCGCAGAGCAGCAGCAGCAGCAGCAGGCGACGCAGCAGCAGCAGCAGCAGCAGCAGCGGGGCCGCGCCUGCUGCAGCCUGCUGCUGCUGUUGCUGCUGCUUUCAGAGCAGCAGCAAAUAAUGCCAGAAAUGAAAAACUUUGGAAGGGUUUAGUGCGGCGGCUGGCUCUUGUUGCUGCUGUGCUGCAGCCGCAGCAAAUCGCCACCGCACUGCAUGCAGCAGCGAGAGUCAAGUAUAGAGAUGCGCGUUUGGUGGAGGUGAUGUCUCCUCUUAUUGUCAAGCAAAUAGAAGAUUUUUCCGUCAAAGAUAUUGCGUUGCUGCUGAACGCUCUGCGGAAACUGGAACUGCCAAAGACGGACAUCAUUGAGCUGCUUGUCAAUCAGUCCGCCAGCGCAUUUGACGUCCAGUCUCUCUGCCUGCUGCUGCACUCUGCAGUUUGCUUCACUGGAGCUUCUGAGGGGCUGGGGCGGGGCUACCGCUCGCGGUGGCGCAGCGAAGUGUUCAGCACUUUAGGGUGUAUGGGCAUCUCUUUCGAAUCUGCUGUUGCUUUUGGUCCUGUUGCUGCUGAUGUUUUCAUUCCCAACAAAAAAAUUGCAAUUAAAUGCACAGGGCCCCACAGCUACUACUUGGACUCCUCGCGGCUGACGGCCUAUGCGCUCUUGCAGAAGCGGCUUUUGGAGGUUCAGGGUUUGAAAGUGCUGCUGCUGCCUCAUAUGGAAUGGAACGAGCUAAAAGAUGCAGCAGCAAAACGAAAGUACUUGUGGGCCUUUGGGCGGCUUGCUGCUGCUGCACUGCAGCAGGAAGCUACGGAAUGCCUCGAAGAAGGCAGUGGGGUGUACAGACACCUGAUGGGAGAAGAGCCGGAAGAAUUGGCAGCAGAAAUUCUGGACGAAUUGGGAACAGCAGAUGAAGACACAACAUUGGAUACUGGGUUCUUGGGGCGGAAGUCGAAGCGCCGAGCAGCAGCAGCAGCAGCGGCAGCAGCAGCAGCAGCAAAACGGACGGUUGAUGCGGAGGCAGCAGCAAGCAGCAGCAGCAGCAGCAGCAGCGCAGCAGCAGCAGCAGCAGCAGCAGCAAGAGAAACUGCACCGACAGUAACAGGAGACGCAGCAGCAAAAGCAGACCCAGGGCAGCAGAAACCGCAGCAGCAGCAGCAGCCGCUGCAGUGA